AUGGCGAUGAGUUUCGAGUGGCCGUGGCAGUACCGCUUCCUGCCCUUCCUUACGUUACAGCCAAACGUGGACACUCGGCAGGAGCAGCUGGCCGCCUGGUGCUCUCUGGCUCUGUCCUUCUGCCGCUUGCACAAACAGUCCAGCAUGACGGUGAUGGAAGCCCAGGAGAGCCCGCUCUUCAACAACGUCAAGCUACAGCGGAAACUUCCUAUGGAGUCAAUCCAGAUUGUAUUAGAGGAGCUAGGAAAGAAAGGGAACCUCGAGUGGUUAGAUAAGAAUAAGUCUAGCUUCCCGAUCAUGUGGCGGAGGCCAGAGGAAUGGGGGAAACUCAUUUAUCAAUGGGUUUCCAGGAGCUGCCAGAACAACUCUGUGUUUACCCUGUAUGAACUGACCAGUGGGUACGAAGAGGAUGAAGAGUUCCAUGGGCUGGAUGAGGCAACCCUACUUUGUGCUCUGCAGGCCCUACAGCAGGAGCACAAGGCUGAGAUUAUCACUGUCAGUGAUGGCCGAGGAGUCAAGUUCUUCUAGCAGAGACCUGUCUCCCUCCACUUCUUACCUCCCACCUUUCCAGGGCUUUCAAAAGGAGACAGACCAAGUGUCCCACAGACUGGAUCACUCACU